AUCCCAUCCCCUCAGGCACGGGCAUCUUUGUGCUCUAUCCUGGAUCCCCUCCAAGGAUCCAAUUAGUAAUUUGGGGGUGGGCGAUGGGGGGUAAUAUCAGAAACACGCUGGAGGAACCCCAUCCUGGGCAGCUGGCAUCCCAGAGCAUCUCUGAAUGUUGGGAUGGACACACCUUGCUGGGAAGAGCCCUUUAUCAGCACCACCCGGCCGAACUGCUCCCAGAUCCUGGAUGGAUCCUGGAUGGAUUUUGCGGCAAGGCUCAGCAGCAGCCUCCUUCCCCGCAUGUGAGUUGUGUCCCCGGGUUCAGCCCCAGGUGUCACUGUCUCCUUCUUCUCUGCCAGCCUUCGAGGAAGUCCACAAAGCAGAGGUCUGGACACCCCACACUGCCUGGGGUGGUAACCUACUGCCAUGGGGGUUAAAACGAUGCUCCCCAGCUACGAACUGGGAUUUUACGCUCUUGCCGUGACAUGCGCUGUGGUGUACAGUGGCAGCGGGAUCUUUGAAGCGUCUAGAGACAGCAUGAACAGAAAGGCCUUUCGGGAUGGCAUAAAGCCAGGCUGGCACUACUUUGGCAGGAAGAUGGACAUGGCUGAUUUUGAGUGGGUGAUGUGGUUCACCUCGUUCAGGAACGUCAUCAUCUUCGCUCUCUCAGGACAUGUCAUAUUCGGCAAGAUCUGCUCCAUGACAGUGCCACAGCAUCGUGCUGUGGUGUACAUGCUGUACGGGAUCUCGGCUGUGCUGGGCAGCAUGGGACUCAUCUACCUGAUGAUCAUUCUCUCCCACUGCCUUGUCCUCUACUCCGUUGCACUGGCCAAGCAGAAGUGGCUCUGCUAUGUGGCCGGACUCUGCUGUCUUGCCUCCUUCAAGGUUGAACCAUUCAUCUCAUGGCAAAGAGGGUUUGUAACAGGAGCUUUUGAUCUUCAAGAUGUCCUCUUCUGUGGAGGAAGUGGCUUCACCAUCAUGCGCUGCAUGAGCUUUGCCCUUGAGAGCUCCAAGAGGAAAGAGGGCAUCUACUCCAUCUUGGACCUCCUCAAGUACAACUUCUACCUUCCAUUCUUCUUCUUUGGGCCUGUCAUGACGUUUGACCAGUUCCACACCCAGGUGAGCACCCGAGAGCUAAAACGCAAAGACGAUGAGAUGAGGAAUAUCCGGGUCCAUGCCCUCCUUCAUGUUGGGGCCAUCAUUGCUGUGGACAUCUUUUUCCACUUCUUCUACAUCCUCACCCUCCCUUCCGACCUGAAGUUCAUCAACCGCCUCUCAGACUGGUCCUUGGCUGGCUUGGCCUACUCCAAUUUGGUGUACGACUGGGUGAAAGCUGCUGUUAUGUUUGGGGUUAUCAACACCAUUGCCAGACUGGACCACUUGGACCCACCCCAGCCUCCAAAAUGCAUCACAAUGCUCUAUGUCUUUGCAGAAACGCAUUUUGACAGAGGGAUUAAUGACUGGCUAUGCAAGUAUGUGUACGAUCAUAUUGGAGAGAACCAUGACAACAUUAUGAAGGAGCUCGUGGCCACCAUCGCCACCUUUGCUGUCACCACACUGUGGCUGGGGCCCUGUGAGAUUGUUUACAUCUGGUCUCUCUUCAACUGCUUUGGCCUCAACUUUGAGCUCUGGGUGCAGAAGUUCUUCCAGCAGGAGCCCUUUGCCAAACUGGAGGCCAAAAUGUCAGCGGCCAUGUCUCGGAGGAUUAGGGCAGUUUUUGGGGCAGCGAAUUUCUGGGCCAUUGUCCUCUACAACAUCCUAGCCCUCAACAGCCUAGAGUUUGCACUGCUGGUGACCAAGAGACUCCUCCUGAUGGGUUUCCCUGUCAGCACCUUCUCCAUCUGGUUCAUCACGUACUGCGGAGUGCAGCUGAUCAAAGAGCAUGAGCGCAUCCUGGCCAUCGAGGAGGAGAAGUGUGACAAAGCAAAGGUGGAGUAGAGGGAGGCAUCGUCAGGCUUGUCCCAAAGCCUCAUUUCCCUUCCAGCCACUGCUGCCAGGCCAGCCACUGGCCAGGGCAAUCCAAGCACUCCUGACAAUCGGACUGGUGUAGCUCACCCAUGUAGAAGUCACCUGAAAAGCACAGGUCACUCUUGCUGCAGAAAAGAUCUUUCUGUAAGACACAGUGGGCAUUUUGCAGACUUCCCAUGCAUGUCAGACUGCUGAGGUAGUCUCCCAGAACAUUUCUUCAGUGCCAGAAAGAGACAUCCCGGUAAUUUUUCUGACCCUUUGCCAUUGUGCAGGCCUAGAGAUUUUACCUGCUCCUUCCCGUAACAUUUGGUCCACCAGCACUCAUCUCUCCUGCAGGACCUGUAGCCAUGUCUGCCAGAGGAGACUCCAAGUCCCAUGGCUGGAGGUUUUAGGGUGGGCCAGAGGCACAGCUAUGAGAAAGAGAUUAGCUGGUGCUGAGCCUGAUCAGAGCACACCAUCUCCAGGUCACUUCCAGCCUGUGUUUCUUUCACUACAAGAAAUGGUCAGCAUCCACGCUCAAGUGUUUGGCAUCUAUGGUUGUGCAGUAAGGACUGUGAGAUGUCUCAGCACAGUCUAUACAUAACAAGAGGCUAAUAAAUAAAUAGGACUGUCUUUAUAGCAAAGAGAAGGAGGACCACGGAUGGCACACUGAAGAGUAAUUAUCUUCCCACCGACAAUGAUGCGGAGUGAUAGCUGUUAUGAUAUUAAACUCUCUGCAAAACAGGUCCCUUCAGUGCUCAAUGUCAUGAAAAAAAAUUAUUUAUGCCAACAUCUGGCGUAGUUAAUGAGAGUGCGAGAGCUUACUUGCUUCACAGCCAUUGCUCGUUGUGUACAGGUCUGGAGAGCAGGCAUGCUGGAGAAACACAAUGAGUGGUUCACAACUGCUUGGUCCCCAGGGCCCAACUCAGACCCAAAGGGCCCUCCACUGCUGGGUCUGAGACCAGUGUGGCCACCAUGACCACCCUGUUGUGAUAUGUGUCCUGGCACUCAAACCAAAUCCCGCUCAUGUGUUUUGCACACCAUAGUCAGAGAUUUCAGGUCACAUUCCUUCCCGUGGCUGAGGAACAGAAGAUGCUGUAGCCGACAUCUCCAGCCAGCCAUCCCUUUACUCAGCUGACUUUGGUGCACACAGCCUAAGCCCAUGACUGCAUGGCUGAAUGAGCACACACACAUAUAUACAACCAAAGGAGAAAGACCCUGAAUGAAGGGCAGUGACUGGGGGCUGGGUGGUGGAGGAAAAGCCCAUGAUAGCCUCCUUGGAGAAGUAGACUUUGGGACACUGCGUAGGGAGUGCAUUGAAUAAAUGUACACAUGUGAAACAUGGUGCCUUGGGGAAAAGGUGGGUUAAUAACUGAAAAAAUAGCUCUGGCUCUCUUGCACUUUAGAGUAACUUGCAGUGGCCUUAUGUCCGAGUUAUGUCAAUAUUUGGUGUGGGCAGAAUCCAGACCACUUUGCAAUGUGGGUUGAGACACUUGGUGCUGGUGUAUUCUGGCUUCCCUGUGGAUGAAACAGGAUUGGUUCCUAGCCAGCUUUCAGCUCUGCCAAAGUAAUUUGUGAAGUCCCUGAUAGAUGUAAUUAAUUUGUGUAGUAAAUAAAUGUUGGACAUCUA